AUGACGGCAUUAGAGGAAACCGUCAUGGAUGUUCAAGGGAUAGUCGAUGACCUACAACAAACCGUUGAAGAAGUGGAGGCCGGAAGGGAGGAGCUCUUAGCCGAGAUGCAAGAGCUCAAAGCCGGCAUGGGAGAGCUCCGCGACGAGGUGUUGGGGCCCGUGACUCAUGAGCUGCAGCAGCAAGAUGAGACCCAGGAGGCCGCCAUACGCGCUGAGAUCGCUGAGCUCAAGGGGAAGCUCGUCGAGGAUGAUAAGGGCAAGGGCAAGGACAAGGAAAGUGAAGUUCCAACCGAGGUGACCCACGUCCUCGAUUCGUUCCAAAAUGUGAUGCCACCCCAGCUACCCAAGAAGCUGCCAUCUCGAAAAGAGGUGGAUCAUAAGAUCGAGCUGGUGCCUAAUGCCCGACCACCGACCAUGGCACCUUAUUGCAUGGCCCCACCCAAGUUAGAGGAAUUACAGAAACAACUCAAGGAGCUACUCAAUGUGGGAUACAUUCGGCCGUCCAAAACUCCGUUCGGCGCCUCGGUACUAUUUCAAAAGAAGCAUGACAGGUCCCUCCGUAUGUGCAUUGAUUACCGGGCGUUGAAUAAGCUCACUAUAAAGAACAAGUAUAUGAUCUCCUCAUUGCGAGACUUAUUCAAUUAG